UGCAGUGCGCAUGUGCAGACUGAGCGUUUCGCCGCAGCUCUGCUGGGCUCACCGGCGGUGACCUUAUCAAUUUCUCUAGACGAUUUCUGUCCGGUGUCAAGUCCAGAGGGGAACGGGACAGUCCAGGGCAAAGACUGGUCCACCUGUGAGGGAUGUGACGGUUAACUCAAACAUGCACCAACACAUUCAAGUGCCACCCUUGGAAGGUAAAUCUCGCGUUAAUUAUGUAAAUCUGCCUCUGAUUAAUGGGGACAAAUUGAGGACAGCUAAGACUCUGGUGGACAAGGCAAUAAAGGAGAAGAAAGUGUUCUCGGUGCAAGGCCCAUAUCCUGUGAUCCGCGCAGGCCUACGCGCAAGAGGAUGGGUGGAGCGGCGAUUGCCACGGCCCUCUUUCUCACAGCCCCGUCGACAUGACCAUGAAACCGAAACCACAGAUGAGGGUGACAGCAGUGACGAAGAUGAUUUAGGAGAGGAGGUUGCGAGGGAUGAUGAAGCAGAGGAUCUGUAUGACCUAAUGUCACGGCUGGUUCGACAUGAGACCCCAUAUUUCUAUUGGACCACAAGGAGGGAUUCAGUGGAUUGCCGAUCUUUACGUAAAGAACAGAUGACCAAUCAUUAUGCGAAGGCAGGAUCGUUCACCACCAAGGUUGGUUUGUGUAUGCAUUUGAGAAAUCUGCAGUGGUUUGACGCAGCAGAUCCGGAUACAUUCUUCCCACGCUGCUACAGACUGGGGGCACAGGAUGAGAAACAUGCUUUUGUUGAUGACUUUAGACGAACGGCGUGCACAAGUCUGCUGCUGUAUGUUUUGGAGAAAUAUGAAGGAGAUUCAGAAGGGGAGAAAAUAGGAGAAGUUCAUAAUGCUAAAUCCUGUGGUCUAAGGAAGACACGUAAACAGCAUAACAGUCAGAGGAUUGAAACCUCAGUAAUUGACAGUGCAUUGCAUGUGUGUCAGGAGUAUCUGAACAGCUUGGAGCAUUGCGACAUAGACAACAAUUUGGAAACAAACUCUACCAUCUCAGAGCAACAGUGGAAGGUGUUUCUUCAGAAUUAUUAUUUAGUUGUUCAUGAAGGAAUAAAGAUAGAGGGCUGUGAAUACUACGUGGAGCGUUGUAAAUGCAUGCUGAAUCAGAUGCGUCAAGUUUGCCCACAGAUGGAGAAUGAUGGGAUCUGUAACAUCUGGAUCAUUAAACCAGGGGCCAAGUCACGAGGCAGAGGUAUAAUGUGCAUGAACAAGCUGGAUGAGAUGUUAAGUUUAGUGGAUGGAGACCACUGCAUCAUGAAAGACAGUAAAUGGGUGGUGCAGAAGUAUAUAGAACGGCCUCUCCUCGUGCACGACACUAAGUUUGAUGUACGGCAGUGGUUUCUGGUCACAGACUGGAACCCGCUUACUGUGUGGUUCUACCGUGAGUGCUACCUCCGUUUUUCUACACAACCUUACUCCACUCAUACGCUGGACAGCUCUGUACAUCUUUGCAACAACUCCAUCCAGAAGCAUUUUCAGCCGAGCCCAGAUCGCAGUCCUUCUCUUCCCGCCGAGUGCAUGUGGUCAUGUUCGCAGUUCCGCUCCUGGUUGGCUGCUUCAGGCCGUGCUGCUCUGUGGAAAGCGGUGGUAGUUCCAGGUAUGCAGAAGGCUGUCAUCCAAACUCUCUUGACUGCACAGGACAGCGUGGAGCCUCGUAAAGCCAGUUUCGAGCUCUAUGGAGCAGACUUCAUGCUGGGACGAGAUUUGAGACCUUGGCUGUUGGAGAUCAAUGCCAGUCCUACCAUGGCACCCUCUACAGGAGUCACCGCUCGACUCUGCCCUGCUGUACAGGAAGACACUCUGCGGGUGGUGCUGGAUCGACGCUCUGAGCGCAAUACUGACACAGGUGGCUUCCAGCUCAUAUACAAACAGGCAGCAGUAGAUGUUCCUCAGUAUGUGGGAGUGAAUCUUCUCAUCGAGGGCACUUCAAUCAGACGUCCUCGUGCUCCUGUCCACAAGUCUCUCAUUCAGUCUCACCCAGAGCCGCUAUUAAAAUCCACCAAUCACAAGUCCUCGCUCUUAAGCAGCCCCUGCACUUCUGGCAAGGAAAAUCAGUCAGAAGAGGUGAAAAGGGCCUGCCCUAACCUUCCCUCCCGUAAAAUCACAAUGGACCAAUCCCUGAUCUUUCACCCUAAAAGGAAAUGUCCCCACAGACUAGUCUUACCUUCAACCUGUUGCGUUCUUCCAAACCCAACAGAACUUCAUCAUCCACAAAGACUAUCCCGCACUCAGCCCCAAUCAGAUCGCCCUCACACACACAGGACACGCAGCAACCUUCCAACUCUCUACCGUCCAACUCCGUCAGUGGACGUGAUCAACAUACGACCCAGACAAACGCUCACCCCCGGUCACUACAUCCAUAAAAUACACACAGUCAACUUAUCUUACCCAGUGUUGCGCAUGCAGCAAAACCACAGGCGAUCCAAAAACACGUUUGCAGAGAGGGAAGGGCCAAAGUCAUCCUGAGGGAACUUUUCAUCGAUUUAUGUGACCUAAAUAGAGCAAAUACAUUAUACACCGCAUCAGUUGUGUUGUGGGUUUAUCGUUCAAUGCACUGGAUUCAGCAUCUCUAUAUGUUAUUAAUCUACACUCAGAAAGGGAACAGCAUAUAGAUUGAAGAAGAGCACUCAUGCAGAUUUAUGCUAAUAGGGAGCACGUUCAUUAAGGAUAAAUCAUUUACUUAUGCCUUGUGCAUUUCCAAAUCCUGAAUUAUUUCCUUAUGGAAGACAAAAAGGAGAAUGCUCAUUGGUCUCUUCUAUAUUUAUUGAAGCAUUUGUUGAACAAAAGAAAAUAAAAAAAAAAUUGUGCAUUGCUCUCUACUUAAACAUUUCUGAAACAGCUUUUAAAAUUCGCAUCUUUAUUUCUUCUGAGCUGGUUCUCACAGAGCAUUUUUUUUGUAGUUAUAGAUGAAGGUAAGUGGGAAAAAAGGGUUCUUCUGUAAAAUGUUACUGGGGUUAAUAUGCUUUUUUUACUUAGAUGAUGUUUUGUCUUGUUUUCAGUACAAAUAUCUAAUAAUUCUUAAAUCGAGAAGCAUUUCCUAGACUAGUAAAAAUUAUUGUCUUGUUUUAAGAAAUUAUAUGCUAAAAUUAAGUAAGUUUUUCCUUAAAACAAGAACAAUAAUUUAAUGUCAACGAAAAACAAGAUUAUUUUGCUUGUUUAGAGGAAAAUCUCACUUUAUUUUGGUAUAUUAUUUCUAAAACAAAGAUUUUUAGUUUGUAUGGAAAAUGCUUCUCGAUUUAAGUAUUUUAGACUAGAAACAAGACAAAAACGAAAAGCAAAAAAGCAUUUUUUUGCAGUGUACAUUUGUCCACAACCUUGGGCAAAAUGGUUAAAAUGUGCUGCAUGCAAGUUUGUACUCCAGACUGUUGUGAUCUUUUGUAGCCUUUGACUGGUAUUAUAUGAAGCAUGAGGGUGACGAUUUCAGAUAAACAUGCUUUAAUGUUCUACUGAUGAAAAAAGUCACCGUCUUGGAUUGCCUGAGGGUGAGUAUAUUUCAGCUAAUUCUCAUUUUUGGCCAAACUAUUCCUUUAACUUGAGCUAUUGUGUCAUGCACACAAUGCUGAAAACGACAUCAUGCAUAUUUUACAUAGAAACAGAUUGUGAAGGAAAAACUUGGUGCCUUAGAAUGUUUUUCAACCAAAGUGAAAUAUAUAAUGAAAUAUAUAUUAAGUGUGAGAGAUAAUUAUGUAGCAUUAACACAUGCCUGUGUUACUAUGUUAUAUUGGUGUGGGAAACUUUACAAGGGCAUUCUAGUAUGUUUGUUGAUAAUGUAUCCAUACGUUAAUUGUAGUGUUAUAAUGGUGCUGAUUUUUUAUUUUAUUCUCAGUAUGUUUCCAGUCGGUUUAUUCUGAUAAUAAAAUAAACUUUUUAAAAUUAAAUGUAGGUAUAGAAAAAUGUAUUAUGCAACUUUAUGAUGGUAAAACCGCAACCAAACUCACCACUAGAUGGAGGUAGGAUUCAUUCUUUUAAGCUUCACUUUGUUUUAGUUCUCAUGAUGUAGUUAUUCUUGUAUCAUAAACAUGCUAAAACCACCAUCGUAAACUCUUUAUUUAAUGUAAUACAAAAUCUACAAUAAAAUGAUUGCUUAAACUAAAAGCAUUUAAAUAUUUGCACUUAGUUGUGUAUUGCUGUUCUUAUACAUGUGAACUGUAUACUUUUUAUCCACUAUAAAAUAUUCAUAUCCAAGCAUGUUUAUUAAGAAACUGCAAGCAAAUC